AUGAAUCGUGACGACGUCUAUCGUCGCGAAUCUGUGGGACCUGAAUCCCAUGACGACGUCUCCAGGCGGCUAGGCCUUCAAGACAUCUACAAGGAGACGAAUCGUCAGAAUCGUAGUCGUGCUGAUGGGAUUCUGAUUCUUGGGAAUCAGAAGAGUCAGAAGAGGAGUCAGAAGAUGUGUCAGAAGAAUCAGAAGAGGAUGAAUCAGAAGAAGAGGAAGCAGAAGAGGAGGAACGUCUUCUACUUCCAGCAGAAAUGCUUCUGGAACGUCUUCUACCAAAAUCCAUGCGGUCUAGACGGCGAAGAAUGCUAUCAGACUGAUGUUGAAGGAUUUGGGUUUCUGAAGACUGAGAAUCCGAAGAUUCUGAAGAAUCAGAAGACGUGCGGGAUCGGGUUAGAGAAGAAAUGGAGCUCAUCAUAA